AUGCUAGGAAAAUUUUUCGUGCAGAACGGCGGAAUUUUGCUGAAGGAAAAACUGUCCUCUUCCGACACAACCACGAUUUUCAGCUCACACGAGCUGCAAAAGGCGACGAAAAACUUCCACAGCAGCAUGAUAAUCGGACAAGGCAGAUUCAGCACGGUCUACAAAGGCAUCUUGCCGGAAAACAGAAUCGUGGCCGUCAAAAAAUCGAAAGAAGUCGAUCGGAACCAAAUCGAGCAGUUCAUCAACGAGGUUGUUGUCCUGACCCGAAUCAACCACAGGAAUGUUGUCAAACUCCUCGGCUGCUAUCUCGAGACGCGCGUCCCUCUGUUAGUAUAUGAGUUUGUGAGCAAUGGCACACUUUUUGAACACAUCCACAACAGGGCUGGACGACAACUGGCGUGGGACGUGCGAGUUAAAAUCGCCGCCGAGACAGCUAGCGUGCUCUCGGACGUGAAAUCGGCAAAUAUUCUGCUAGACGAGACUUUCGCGGCAAAAGUGUCCGAUUUUGGAGCCUCGAAUCUCGUGCCGUUGGACCAUACACAACUGUCGACAGUUGUCCAAGGAACGCUUGGUUAUUUGGACCCAGAGUACAUGCUGACGAACCAGCUGACCGAGAAAAGCGACGUCUACAGUUUUGGAGUCGUGCUAGUCGAGCUGCUGACGGGGAUGAAGGCGUUGAGCUACGAGAGGCCCGAGGAGGAGAUGAAUCUGGCGCAUUAUUUUCUUUCCGCAAUGAAACGAGAGCGGUUGUUCGAAAUUGUUGCUUUCAGGGAUGAAGGCGUUGUAGAAGUUGCUGAGCUGGCGAGUAGCUGUCUGAAUGUGAGAGGGGAUGAGCGGCCGAGUGUGAAGGAGGUGUCGAUGGAAUUGGCGAGAGUGAUUAGAGCCAGGAGAAAGCACGAUUGGGUUACUGUCGAGCACGCAGGCGAAGCAGAGGAGAUGGAGUCUUUGCUUGGUGAUAAUAAUAGCAUCGGGUUUGAUAUAAAGGAUCACAUUGUAGUCCCGGUUGUCGGUGGAGGGAGAUAG